AAACAUCUUUGCCUCCCAAACAGGAAAACAAAACCAUGCGAUGUUUUGUACACGUGUCCUGGAAAUGAACACAGUGGGUCGUGGUUAAUGAUCAAUGAAGUCAGACAGAUGGCAUGUGCCUGUUUUGCAUGAAUUGUGUCCUGGAUUUUGGAAUCAAAGAAGGGUUCAAGAGCAAUAAGAAGGAAGAACAAUAAGAUUGGGGAAGUACAGAUGACACUUCCUCUUCUUUCGAAAGAGCUUUACUCUCUGCUCAGCUUCUCAUGGAAGUCCUGUGUAGACUGAGCCUCCAGGGCAGUGGCUGCUUAGAGUGGAAUCCUCAACCUUUGCCUCAGAAUAACAUGAGUCUUCUGAAUUCAGGGAUAAAGAGCCAGCUCUUGGAUUUACUCUCAUUUCAUUGAAUAUCGGAAACAACAGCACUGGAAGGAGGAAGCACACAGCUUUUUGCUUUUGUUUUUGCCCAUUUGACAUCAUACAUGGCUACUGAUGGCAAUGUUCUUCAGGUUCCCUUGCGUCAGAAGCCGAGAAAGAAAACUCAAGGUUUGUUCAUGAUGAGUCGGAGGAGGAUAUCAUGUAAAGACCUGGGACAUGCUGACUGCCAAGGGUGGCUAUAUAAGAAAAAGGAAAAGGGAACUUUCCUCAGCAACAAAUGGAAAAAGUUCUGGGUGGUGCUGAAGGGAUCUUCACUGUACUGGUACAGCAAUCAAAUGGCAGAGAAGGCUGAUGGAUUUGUCAACCUGCCUGAUUUCACUGUGGAGAGAGCAUCUGAAUGCAAGAAAAAGCACGCUUUUAAGAUCAGCCAUCCACAGAUCAAGACCUUUUAUUUUGCAGCUGAGAAUACCCAGGAAAUGAGUAUGUGGUUAAGCAAGCUUGGAUUAGCUGUAAUCCACCAGGAAUCCACUACAAAGGAUGAAGAGUGCUACAGUGAGAGUGAGCAGGAAGAUCCCGAAAUAGCUGUGGAGACACCACCCCCUCCUUACUCUUCGGAGACUCUGUCUUCUUUGUCUGCACAGCAGUCAUCUUCAUCUUCACCCAAAUUGAGUGGAACAUCAUCUUCUUUCUCUUCCCGAGAAAAUACAAUAAAGACACCCAGCAGUCUGUCUUCCUCUUUACCUAAAGAAAGACAGUCUUGGAUCGACCUGGUUAAUAGUUCAUCUGCUGCUGAAGAUGUGGGACAAUCUAUAGCAUUUGCUGUGCAGGUUCAUUCACUGGCACCCUGUGAGGCAAACAGUUGCAAGGCCCUGGAAAACAGCUUUGCCACAUCAGAAAGCGAAUUUUUGAACUCUUUAUCUAGUGACGACACUUCUUCACUGAGUAGCAACCUGGAUCAUCUUACUGUCCCGGAUAAGCCUACUGGAUCAAAGACGAUGGACAGAGAAGAAACAAAAGUGUCUGAGGAUGAUGAAAUGGAGAAGCUCUACAAAUCACUAGAGCAAGCUAGUCUCUCUCCUCUUGGGGACCGUCGACCUUCCACCAAAAAAGAGUUGAGAAAGUCCUUUGUCAAGCGGUGCAAAAAUCCAUCCAUAAAUGAGAAACUCCACAAAAUCCGAACCUUGAAUAGCACAUUAAAGUGUAAAGAACAUGACCUGGCCAUGAUUAACCAGUUGCUGGAUGAUCCGAAGCUGACAGCCAGAAAAUACAGGGAAUGGAAGGUCAUGAACACCCUACUGAUCCAGGACAUCUAUCAGCAGCGGACACCUCUGUCUGCCCCUGAAGGCACCCCCGAGGGACUUGAGAAGCCACCUGCCUCUGCCCGUGUUGAACAUUCUAUUUGACAAGCCAGGAUUCUCUCCUCUUAUAUCUUACACCAAGCAACUCUUCAAGAUGUUGCAAGAGCUUCUAUUUUUCCUUGUAAAGGAAAACUGAAACCCAGUUCCUCCUCAAGCAUCAGUUCCCCCUCUAAAGAUGCAUCUUAGGUGAGGACCAACUUCCACAGCGGCAGAACUUCUUGUUUCAGUUGUAGACCUGCCGCUGAGAUUGGAGUGGUUGAGACCAGUUGAACAGUUUUUGUGUGCCUGCUGGGAGCUCUUGGUUAUGCUAGGCUCUAGGUGGCAUGUGAGAAAGGCAUCUUCUGUUUCUUGCUCUCAAGAGAAAUAGAAUAUUCCAUGGACAAAAGAUCACUUUUGACCAGGGACAUCUCUACAUAGAAAUAGUCUGUUUUCCUAAAGAAGAAUGUCCAAUUCCACCUGGUUGGGUAGCUGAGUUCUCCAAAUCCUGUUUUGGGUGGAGGAAUGGUUUCUGUAGCAUCAACUGGAGCAGGACAAAUGUGGUAUUAUGAGACCCAAAUCCCUUGCCUUUGGUCCAGAAUGGUGGUGCCUUUUCCCCAUGUUGAGAAAUACUUCAUAGCGAGGAGCAUGUGGGAGAGCCCAAGGAGGAGACGUGUUCUAUGUUCCACUCACUCAAAGGACAGCUUGAUAUUGUCACGCUUUACCCAGGUUGGGGGAAAGGUCUGAUUAAUUUCUUUCCGUAGAACAGCUAAAGAAAAUUAUCUCAUUACACUUGGGAACCUCUACUUCCUCCUAGCUUUUCUGUAGGAGAUAGUAAUGAGUCCAGCAAAGAAGGUUUGCUGCCUUUGGAUUUGGGUGUGGUGCCUAUGCACAGUAUAAAUUUAUAUCCAGGUUUCCUGGGAUCAAGAUGAUUGACAAGAUGAUUCUGGUGUCUGAAUUGUUUAAAUAUCUUUACUCCAAAAAAACCCCCAACAAAAAUGACAAAAGAGUUAAAACAUGACUGUUUUAUUUUU